CCUGGAGGCCGCUCAAAAAGAGGUGCUUGCUUCUAUCUAUCUAUAAAUCCACAAGACAUGCCGUCUCAAUGCUGGUGCCCACGUUCGUCCGUCCGUGUUCCUCGAACGCACGAACGCGCUACGCAAGCUCAUCGCUGCAAUAAUGGAGAACCUACAAGGAGGAGACGACGAGCCGCACGCGCUCCCCGGCUUCCCCUACUUCUCCGUGCCGUCGCCGCUCCCAGUGCUUGAUGAUGCGCCGCCGAUGAGCCUAUCGUCGUCGGAUGACAACCAGCACGGUGCCCUCGCCGCACUCCAGCAGGCGGCGUGCAACAGCCUGCAGCUUCCCCCCCUGCCGGGCCCUGAUCAGCUGCAGGCGGCCGCCGCGACAGUGGCGCCGGCGACGAUGAUUCUCCCGCCGAUGGUGGACUGGUCGUCGCUGCUGCAGCAGGCCGGCCUGAUGGUGGGCUCCCCGCCCGUGCCGGGGCUGCACCAGCAGGCGGCGGCGGCGGCGGCGGCGGCGUCUGUGCAGCAGUUGGACCAGAGCGGGGAGAACUACUGCGGCGAGGCCGCGGGGAGCAGCGGUGGCACUGCUGGCAAGGAGAAGGCGAGGAGCAGCGGCGCCGGGAGGUCUUCGGCGGCGGCGGCGGGGAAGAAGAAGGUGAGCCGGCCGCGGUUCGCGUUCCAGACGCGGAGCGCCAACGACAUCCUGGACGACGGCUACCGGUGGAGGAAGUACGGGCAGAAGGCCGUCAAGAACAGCGCCCACCCCAGGAGCUACUACCGGUGCACCCACCACACGUGCAACGUGAAGAAGCAGGUGCAGCGCCUGGCCAAGGACACGAGCAUCGUGGUCACCACGUACGAGGGCGUCCAUAACCACCCCUGCGAGAAGCUCAUGGAGGCGCUCAGCCCCAUCCUCAAGCAGCUCCAGUUCCUCUCGCAGUUUUAAUCGAUGCUAUAGCUUAGCUCCGGUAUGGUGGCCAUUAUGAUGCACAAGCGGGCCUCCAAAAGGGCAAAAGCAAACAAUAUAAUAUACAUAUAUAGCUCACAAAAAUACACAUAUAUGUAUAUUGUAGUGCUGCUCCAAGAGUAGAUGAUGUGUAAUUAAUUAAUUAAGCCAACCGUGUGGAAGGGGGAAGAAAAGGAGAAAAUGGUGCCUACCUUUCCCCAAUACUGCUGAUCACAUAUAUGAUAUACAUACAUGUUUAGAGAGAAACUGAUCGUAUAUAUAUGUAACCCUUUGCGUGUGUAUCAGUGUAAAUAUCUAUGCACAUCCUGUAUAUCAAAUUUCACAAAUUUCUAUGCUGAUGGACAAAAGUAAUACAAAGUCAUUUCCCUUUCAAAUA